GGUUUAUUCUCCUUGUUUAGAGCUCAAAACGCAUUUUUGGCAACCCAAAUGGGGAGGUGAGAGUGGUGGAUAAGAAUGGGAGUGGCGGCGCGUGGCGGGGCUGGCGGCCAGGCCGGGCGCCUUUAACUCGGCGUGACCUCGCGUCUGGCCCGCGCCCCCUCCUCCGCGCGCACCGCUGUCCUGCAGCGAUUGGUGCUUGGACCAUAAACAGCUGUGCAGGGCCCGGCGGUGCAGAGGCCCCGGGCCCGCCAGCGCAGCCAGGCCAUUGGGGAGUGACUUCCACUCAGGAUCGCAGAGGGCGCAGGCCGUUGGCGCGUGGCAGUCGGCGUGGGCCUGGCGUCCCCGCGCGUUCGCGGCGCCCCGUGUCUCCGGCUGGGCGCAGGUGGGCCAGGCCGGGCGCCGCAGAUCGGCGCGUUCCCACGAAGGCUAGCCCUCGGAGCGAGGGGGAGGGACCAUCGGAAAGACGUGGAACGAUCCGCGCGGUGUCAUCCGCAGGGCCCAGGCCCCGCGCCGCCGCCGUCGCCGCCGCCGCCGCCGCCGCCGCUGGGGCUUUGCUGCGGGGAUCUACGCCGAGCCUCCGCGCUGCCCCGAGAUUAGCAUGACACUGGGUAGCCUUCCCGCUUUCGGCGGUGCCGGAGCGCAACGCGCUAGUCCCCGAGCCGCGAUGGCCCCGCGCGGGGGCCGAUCGCCGGGCUCCGCAGCCGCCGCGGCCCGUGAGUAAGAGUAUGCCUGCGGCGGGGGACCCACGCGUGUCGGCACGCGCCCCCACCCUCCCGCGCCCCCGCCAGCCUCGGAAGGAGGAAGCCUGACGCCGCGCCGCGGUCGCCAGCACCCAACGGGGCUCUUCCUGCGUUGUCGCAGCGGCGGUCCCGGUGCUCCCGCGCGCCCCCCGUUCGAGCCUCUGGAAUGAAGACUGCCUCCCGAGUACUGCGAGAGAGAAGCAGAGGCAGCGGACGCCGGGGACUGCGGCCCUCGCGGCUGGGAGGUCCGGGGGGACGCGACUCGGACGCUGUCAUCCCCACGCCUCGAGCCGAAGCCUCCUAGUGCGGUUGGGGCUGCCGCCCACCGGUCAAGCUGUCGGGGCGUGCGAUCCCCGGUCGGCCCCGGGAGGCCUCAGCUUCCUCAUUUGUUUGGGUCUUUUGUGCUGUGGCGCACAGUUGGCUAAGCACUCCUGCGCUGAAUCGGGCCAUUGUCUGCGCUCCCAUUGCUUCCACGCUGCAAGUCUCGGCGCCCCCACCCGGGCCGCCCCCUCCCGGACGCCGAGCCUCCCAACGUGCCUUCCCCCCCAGGAAUCUGGAAGCUGGAAGCCCGGCGGAUUGCAAAUGAAGUGGAAUGCAUUGUGGGACGAGUGUAAAAUCCGAGCCUUCUCCGUGGGGGUGUGGGGGGGCGUGGGGAGGGCCGGACCUGCCGCCGGCUGUGUAGACACCGAGGAGAAGAGGGGCUGGGGGAAAAAAAUGUGCGCAGAGUCCUCCCGGGUCGUGGCCUCGGUAGACGGAUGAAGCUGCGCGCUGCGCCCUGGCGCUGAGGCCCCAUUAUCGGGGCACCAGGGUCGCCCUUCCCCACCAUGAAGAAGACCCGGAGCACAACCUUGCGGCGAGCCUGGCCUAGCUCGGAUUUCUCGGACCGGGCCUCGGACCGCAUGAGGUCCCGCAGCGAGAAGGACUACCGCCUGCACAAGCGCUUCCCCGCGGCCUUCGCGCCCCAGGCUUCUAGGGGCUACAUGACAUCAGGUGAUGUGUCACCAAUCAGUAUGUCCCCCAUCAGUCAGUCUCAGUUUAUUCCACUCGGGGAAAUCCUUUGCUUGGCCAUCUCCGCAAUGAACUCUGCGAGAAAGCCUGUCACCCAGGAGGCGCUGAUGGAACACCUGACCACGUGUUUCCCAGGUGUUCCAACCCCAAGCCAAGAAAUUCUACGGCAUACCCUAAACACACUGGUACGGGAGAGGAAAAUCUAUCCGACUCCGGAUGGCUAUUUCAUUGUGACCCCACAGACUUAUUUCAUUACUCCCUCCCUCAUAAGAACUAACAGUAAGUGGUACCACUUGGAUGAGAGGGUACCUGACAGGUCUCAGUGCACCUCGCCACAACCAGGAACCAUAACGCCCUCUGCCUCAGGCUGUGUCAGGGAAAGGACAUUACCCAGAAAGCACUGCGACUCUUGCCACUGCUGCCGAGAAGACGUGCACAGCAUGCAUGCCUCCACCCUGCAGAGGAAACCCGCCAAGGACUGCAAAGACCCUUACUGCCCUCCUCCGCUCUGCCAGGUGCCACCCACUGAAAAAAGCAAAAGCACUAUAAAUUUCUCCUAUAAGACGGAAACUCUCUCGAAACCUAAAGAUGGUGAAAAGCAGUCCAAAAAAUUCGGCCUCAAGUUAUUCCGGCUGAGUUUUAAGAAAGACAAGACCAAACAGCUGGCCAAUUUCUCUGCCCAGUUUCCUCCCGAGGAGUGGCCUCUGCGAGACGAGGACACGCCCACGACCAUCCCCCGAGAAGUGGAGAUGGAGAUCAUCCGGCGGAUAAAUCCAGACUUGACGGUGGAAAAUGUCAUGAGGCACACUGCACUGAUGAAGAAACUUGAAGAAGAAAAAGCUCACCGGAGCAAAGCCGGGUCCUCCGCCCACCACAGUGGAAGGAGUAAAAAGAGCCGGACUCACCGCAAGUCCCACGGGAAGUCUCGGUCGCACAGCAAGACGCGAGUGUCCAAAGGAGAUCCUUCGGAUGGCUCGCAUCUGGAUAUCCCCGGUGAGAGGGAGUAUGAAUUUUGCGACCCUCUAACCAGGGCCCCCAGAGAGGGCUGCUUCAUCAUUGAACACAAAGGUGACAACUUCAUCAUGCAUAGCAACACGAAUGUGAUCGAGUCCCAUUUCCCCAUGACGCCAGAAUGGGAUGUGUCUGGCGAACUGGCCAAAAGGAGAACGGAGAUGCCCUUUCCCGAACCUUCCAGGGGAAGCUCCCACUCCAAAGUGCACCGAAGCCACAGCCAUACCCAGGACCGGAGAUCCAGGAAUGAGAGGUCCAACAAGGCCAAGGAGAGAUCCAGGUCGAUGGAUAACUCCAAGGGCCCCCUGGGCGCAUCUUCACUCGGAACUCCAGAAGACCUGGCUGAAGGCUGCAGCCAAGAUGACCAGACACCCAGCCAAUCAUACAUUGACGACAGUACUUUAAGGCCUGCGCAAACGAUUGGUCAUCAAAGGGCUCAUAUUCCUUCUGCCAGCUACAAAGAGGUGUGCAUUCCAGAAAUAGUUGGUGGCAGCAAGGAACCUUCUAGUGCUUGUAGCCUUUUGGAGCCAGGCAAAACCCCUGAGAGUAUGCCGUCCUAUGGGGAACUCAGCCCUUGUCCGGCUAAAACAGCUGUGGAUGACUAUUUUCAGUGCAACACCUCGAGCGAGACCGUGCUCACAGCACCGUCCCCUUUAGGGAAGAAUAAGGAGGACCAUGACACUUUGACCUUGGUGGAGGGGGUAAAAAAGCUGUCUCCAUCUGAGAGGCAGACCCCCCAUUCUUCCAGGGAACCUGUUGGGCACAAGGAGGAGUCACCAAAAGGGCCAGGAGGGGGCCCUGCAGCCUCUGGUGGUGUGGCAGAGGGGUUGGCCAAUGGCCGUCUUGUCCAACAUCAUAGCGCAGAACCCAGCAGCCUGGACAAAAGGAAAGAAAUAUUCAGCAAAGACACACUGUUCAAACCUCUACACAGCACCCUGUCUGUAAACAGCUAUCACAAAUCUAGCUUGUCCCUCCUCAAACCUCACCCAAAGUCACCCGUGGACACACUGCCAGGCCGUUGUGAGAAACUGGAACCUUCCCUUGGGACAUCCGCGGCCCAAGCCAUGCCUCCGUCCCAGCGUCAGCAGGAGCCUGGAGGGAACCAGGAGGCUUCUUUUGACUAUUACAAUGUCUCUGAUGAUGACGACUCCGAGGAGGGGGCCAACAAAAACGCGGAGGAGGAGAAAAACAGAGAUGAUGUGGGCACCAUGCAGUGGCUCCUGGAGAGGGAGAAGGAAAGAGACUUGCAGAGGAAGUUUGAGAAGAACCUCACCCUCCUCACCCCAAAAGAAACUGAUAGCAGCAGCAACCAGAGAGCCACCCACUCAGCCCGGCUGGACAGCAUGGAUAGCAGCAGCAUCACGGUGGACAGUGGAUUCAACUCCCCACGCACUCGGGAGAGCCUGGCUUCCAACACGUCAAGCAUUGUUGAAAGCAACCGCCGUCAGAAUCCUGCUUUGAGUCCAGCCCAUGGUGGGGCUGGUCCAACCUUCAACUUCCGCUCCAGUACGGAUCCCCCAACCAGCGAAGCUGAGAAAUUACAGAAACCCUCCAACUGCUUGCAAGCUUCUGUUACUAGUGUAUGAUUGUCCUUCUGCCUCAGAUCUUCUGUCUCAUCCGAUACAGCAACGUUUACGAUGAUUGGGACUGAUGUUUACAUCUCUGCAAAGACAAACAUCUCAAGCACAGGUUGGGGGUUACUUGAGCUGUGCUGCUAAGUAGGCUAGGGCAAAAAAAAGAAAAAAAAAAAAAGGAAAAAAAAGAAAAAAAAAAAGAAAGAAAAAAAAAAAGAAAAAAAAUUCUUCAUUUCGGAGUAUUGCUUUUCACAUGUAUGGCUCUGUAGCAACCGAAUAGCAGUAGGGGAGAUGUGCACACUCCUGCUCCCGCUUCACUAACUGUAUCUGAGCACACAUAGGAAAGUCUACACACUGUAAGUGGAACAUGCAUAUUUCAAUGUCAUACAGUUGCCAGUUUCCAUUCUGAAAUGCCACAGAGAUGUGUUGCUCCCAGCUGGCCUAUGGGGAAUGAGGCCACGGAACUAAUCCUUGAUAGCCCCGCCUCCCUCAAAAAAAAAAAAAAAAAAAAAAAAAAUGAAAAAAGGGAAAAAAAAAAAAAGCCAAGCCGCCACAAAAUGUAAAUGUAGGGGUGUCCAUUGUGAAAAAAAAUCAAUGCCAAACUGGGCAGAAGGGACCCCAGCCCUUUGUGUGUGAGUCCUUUAAAGUACCAGUCAUUUUUCACUGUGAGUUUUCACGACACUCUUGCAGAAGGAACCCAUGGGAGUGGGUCAGAGGUCCCGAUGGAUGGACGUAGUUAGAGUGUUUGUUUUUGCUCUUUUCCAGCUCACUUGAUACUUGUCUUGAGUUUUUUUGUUUUGUUGUUUUAACCUUCCCUAAUCACAAACAGGAAUAUAGGCCUUUGAAGUGGACAAAGGAAGGGAAAUGUAGUCUAGGAGGGUGCGUGGAUGACCCAGAGGGAUGAAUCAGAUGCUGGAGUGGGAUACCUGACUCCUUGAGACACUUAGGAUGAGCGAGCUUACUAUACUAGAUACAGUGAUUAGUUUGUUGGGAAACAAAAUGUUCUUUAUGAUACAAAUGAAGAAUGUGGCCCGAGGGUGUUAUUCUUUCUAAUGGAAGGAACAUAAAUCUAUUUUAUGUAGUUUUAAAUAGAAUGCCUAAAUUAGGCUGUGGGAGAUGAUUUUUAGUGGUUGUAGGAAAGAGCAAAUUUAGGGAGAGUUGAACUUCAGGCCUUUUAUUCCUGGGAAGAUAUCUAUAGAGACAAACAUUUAAAGUAAUUUUUGAUUAGAAAUAUACAUGGGCCCUUAUAAUGAACAGUGGAAUGUCCUCAUUCUGCUGGUGUGGUAUAUUCUUAAUUUGUACUCCCCUAAAAUGUAUCAGAAUGACAAUUAUGCAUUCAUGAACUAUGCCAGAGUAAUGUUUACAGGUACUUUGUGAUGACUUCAGGAGGCGCGGUUCAGGGGGGAUUGUGUGGCAUUUCGCUCAUCUUUUACCCUGCUUUGGUUUAUGUCUCCGUGCCCAGUACCAAAAGGCUUGGCAGAAGGGGGCCCACUGACCAUUCCUCUUCAGUCCUACAGGAAAGGCGCUUCUGCCCAAGUCCCUGUUUUCUGAGAAGCGCUGCAUACAUCCGUAGGUACUGGAAAUCCAUCUGCACAAGAGUUAAGGUCUGAUCCUAGAAAAACGAUCAGAAAUGAAGUUAUGUUCAGUUUAAUGUCAGAUGAAUUUUGGAGCCAUAUACCAUAAUGAAUUCAUAACUAAAUAACUUAAAAUCAAUAUAAAAUAUUUUCACUCAAGAUUCUGGUAAUGAGCAUACGUUUGUGAGCUACUUCUGUUUCUGUGUCAGGCUUAGUCAUGAGCAAUGUGUUUAAGGGAACACAGUCAAAUGAAGUAGGUGGAAGCACAUAUACUCAUAUUUGGUCUGCUAUUUGGAAGUUGUGUCGGGUCAAACUGGGCUCCUUAAGUUCGGUAUACAUUUCUUUCUUGUGCUUAUUGUAAUGAAGCUUAAGCAAGAUUACCAAUAUACUGCUACAUCAUUGAAAUGCUUAAGGCAAUGGGCUUUGAAUCUCAUCUCUUACGUCCUCCCAGGCAUGCCUCAGUUGUCCAGAAACACACUGUUUAUCUUAUCAUUUAAGUCAUGUCCAGAAAGAGCAACCAUAUAUCUUGUAUACUAUGUAGUCUGUUUGCUUAAGGAGCCAUAUACCAUAUGAUUCCUAGAUCUGGUCUAAAUUAAUCCCCCCUCCCCCCAAAAAAACCUGCUCUGAAACUUUUGGCAUACUCAAUUCAUAAAUAAUAGGACCAUUAAAACAAUACAUUAUUCUCUGAUUGACCCUCUGAACGUAGCCAUUGGAAGAACCGAGUGCCCUGUGAACAGGAGAGGAUGUAAUUAUGUUUAAGUGAAGCUUUAAAAUAUGAAUUUUUGAUAGUUCACAAGAAACAGGUUUAUAGAAGGCGUUAUUCAAACAAAAUGUGUACACUAUUUGCCUAAUCAUUAUGGAGUACAUGAUUUAAUAAUAAAUAAACAUAAGAACCUCCCUUAGACCAGCAGCCAUUAGCAUAGCAAGAUGGGCUUUAAAGAUGAUAUACCACACAACCAGACAUGCCGUGGAGAAACACUCCCGUCGGAAUCUAACCUGGAUUCUUGAAUAGAGGAAGCAUUGGUAGUGGAAGCACAUGGCAGAUAGGAUGUGCACAUGUGUCUAAGAUAGUCUCAUCAAGAUGGUGAGACUCUUGACCCUCAUGGCCUUGGGCUGAGGCCCUUUCCGGGCUUUGCCAAGAUUAUUCUCCACUGGAACCAUAGCUUUGUGUUCCAUGACGACAUGUCUCGUUUUUUAGAGUUUAUCAACGGAAAGGUUUACAAAACUGAGUCUGGUUGAAUCUCUGUGAGGCAUUCAACUUUAAAGGGUCAACACAUCUGUCGGCAUUUUGCACACUUAUGUAUUAUUAUGAUACAGCAUAUUACUUUAUGGUAAUUUUUAUUUUUUACAUAUAACUACCUCCAUGAAUCUGAUGAAAUGGCAGUGGUGUGUUAGAGUGUGUUCUUCAGACAAAAAAAAAAAAAAAAAAAAAGCAAUGUUUCAAAUGCGUUAGUAGGCCAUGGUGUUGUGUGUGUGUCGGUGACUUCCUCAUUGGACUCAUGACUUUUUCGUUGCCAUAGUUUUCUUUCACAACAUCCUUUGGCUUCCAACUGUAAGCCUGUUGUUCCCCCUUUUCUCUCCCUUCUCCCCCAUGAGAGCACAUUUGAUUUGUUACAAAUGAAUGAGCAUUUUUAAAAUUACCGUCUUCCCCGCUUUCUCCACUUCCGCUAUUAGAGAGAGAGAGAGAAAAAAAAAAGUCCUCUCUGGCAAAGAGUCACUUGGUAAACAUUUAGGAAGUUAUUAAUUCCUAUAGAAAUUGAAUUGGAUUGCUAGGGUUUUUUUUCCCCUCAAUAAGAAAAGACAUGUGAGAAAUUUGGACUGCCAACUCUGAAGCACUUUGGGCCUCUCUGCUUUUAUCAUAUGCUACCCCUAUGGAGUCCAAACUUCCUUCUUAUUAAAAGAACUGUGCCGUGCAUUCUGCGAUGUGUGUUAAGCAACUUAUCUACCAUUUGAUAGAGCUUACACAUCUCAGGAGACCUUAAUGAGUGCAAGAAUAGGGUGUGUGCCACCCAAUAGGGAAAAACCAAUAGGAAAGAAGAAAUGAGAGCAGCCAGGUAGAAAUAAGAAAUGCCCGUGUCUUUGAUGUUGGAGAAUUCACAUUCAGGAAACAGAAAUGGAAAGGGAAUGUGGAGGAGCAAUGAUUUAAACACCAGCUGUUCCUAAAUGUCUCUUUCUGAAAACUCAGCCAAUAUUGUUACAAUGUACAUUGAAAUUCUGUUGCUGCUUCCACCAAGACAGGAACAGUGGUACAGAGAAAAACACUCUUCCUCUUUUAGGUUACGAUAGCUUUGUAAAGUCCUACCUAGGAUUAAACACUUGUCACCACAAAGUGUGCUUGAAGGUAAAGCUUGUGACGUAAGUGAUGGGCACAGUUCUCACUUGGGACCAUUUGGGAGAGGUAACUUUCUGAGCUUGCGCUAACAACCAACAACUGGUAAAGUUCCGAAGCUCAAUGGGGCAUCUCAAAGUGCUUCUGGAGCAUUAGCUGCACAAUGGCAGAGCAGAUCCUGUUGGUCACACCCAUGCUUGACAGGAGCAGACAAACGGAGUGACUCAAGAUCCCCCAGAAACACAGUGGCAGCUCUCUCUCUCUCUCUCUCUCUCUCUCUCUCUCUCUCUCUCUCUCUCUCUCUCUCUCUCAGUGACCUAUUUUCUAUCUGUUUGAUAGGCCAUGGUGAGACAUCACUAAAAUGCUAUUUUUUAUGAUGUGUGCUAAUAAAGGAAAAAAAUGCAGCUUGACACCUUGUCCAUUUCAUUCAAAGAGGUAUGGGUGUUUGGAAUCUCAACACCUCAGCACCUCUUGACUGGCACUGAGUUAGGAAGUUCGAAAUGAACAAAUCCAUGCCAAUACCACUGUCGUCAAAGGCCAGUCCAGACAUCCACCUUUGUUUACAGUUUCUCAUUGGGUUCCUGUCAUUUCUGCAAUCAAACCCCAUCUUCAGGAACAUUGGCUGCUCCAGGCUGUAGAAGAUGCUGAAACAGUUGUUUGUUUGUUUUUUUUUUUUAAUUUUUCCUUUAAAAUAUUUAUCAAGCACUCUUCAUAGUGCUCAGCUACAUACCAUCCACUAAACUAUAUCAAGCCCUGCUUUGUAGGAUCUGGGAAGCUGAUCCAGUUCCAAGAGUUUUGUCAAAUUAUGAGAUAGAAGGUCUUUGACAUCUGCUUUCUCCUUUCCCACAGACCAGUCCCACACCUGACUAGCAGUGUAGCGCAGACCACAGUAGAUGCAAGAAGUGGUGCUUCCUCACCCCACCCCCACCUCCCCACCGCCACCCUGCCAUUGUCAAAGCCAUCCAAUAAAUGUCCUGUGAGCGAGGGACUCCUUGGCCCGUGUUUAAGGCUUGGGGAAAUUAGAAACAAGAAAAAUGAAUGCAAAAGCCACGGGAGGCAUUGUUUUUCUUUGGGCUAGUUAAACAUGGCGGAAAGGGAUUGCUAUUGUCCGAGCUUUGCCAAGAAAUACAAAAGAGUCAGCUGCCACCUCAUCCUUCUUGAAGAAGAAGGUUUUAUAGUAUUAAUGAUCCAAUUGAUAUUUUCCCAUGGAAUUUUCCUUAGGAUACAUUUCAUGAAUUAUACACAGGAGACAUUUUAUUAUUAGAUCUCAUGUGUUUGCAAAAGGUACUGGCUUCUCCCUGAUUGAUGUCCGUCCCCUUGGCUUGCGUCAGCAAUGCAGAGGGGCUCCGAGGUGACGGCUUCUAUGAUCCAUAGGCCUGUGUCUUUAUUAUUGUCGUUCACAGGCUUAAUGGUCGCAAAAUUUAGAAUUCGGCAAAGCUCCAGGGGAAAGGAGCGGUCUUGUGAUUGUAUGCAGGCAGUCAGAGGCCUUUAACGGCUCAUUGCUGGCUUCACUUGUGAACACACGCACCCAUCCGACUAGGAAAAGGGUGUUUCCGAGUGAGGUACCAAUGGCUCUGGAAAGGCAGAAAUGGAAGGUUAGAGCCAGGCUGGUCCUUGUGCACCUGCCUACCUCCCUGUCCAAAGGCUGACCUUGGUACCCCCCCUCAUUCCCCUACUCUUACCCCAAAAGAGGUACCAAAUCUAAGACCUGAGCUCCCCUACAAUCCCAGUCCUCUCCAGCUCCGGGACCCUCAUCCUAUAGAACAUUCUAGACAGCCCUGACUUCCUUUCCUCUGAGAGUUACCCUCUCUGCCUCCUUGUCUCCCCCUCCCACCUAGAUACCCAUUCCACCACCACUGUUUCCACAUUGGAAGAACAGAAUACUGUGUAGUGUUGUGCACGCAUGCCAGUUAGGAGUAGAGCUGCCCUAGAGUCACCUUCAUGGAAGUGUCAACAGUUACAAAUGUAAAGUCCUUAGAGCAGUGACACCUGUACUCUCUGGAAGAGAAUUCAAUUUGACCCUCCAAACUCCAAGGGGUCAUGGCUCUGCAGGUGUCUUUCUCUGUGUGGCUGACUGUGACAAUUACAUUAGGGUCAAUGAGCUAAGAAGAAGUACACGUGGGAUUCACUAUGUUAGGAAGGAGUUUUGCAGCCAAGACUGCCUUGAAUAAAAAUGUUUUUGCACUGAAAAAAAAAAAAAACUUUAAAUGACUUGGUCUCUGGUUGCUGUAAAGGUCAUCCAAGAUGGAUGUUCUGUUUAUAUUGUAUAGUAUUUCAUAAGAAAUAAUUGCAGUUCAUGAGACGUCUUCCCUAAUGUUACUGAUUUCUAACAGCACAUUUGUAACAUGGUUUUUAUCGUGUCCGUGUACCAUAUUGUAAAUGAUGAUUCCUUGUCAUCCUUAGUAUAAUAAGUUAAAAGGAAAAAAAAAGGACAGGGAUUUUUGUAAGUCUAUAUUUGAAAGUCCCUCCACAUGGUAAUAUUGUGUUCAUGUUGUAUAUGUAGUGUUGUGUGAAAUAUCCAUUUUGGAUUGUGUUACUUUUUAAGAUAUUAAAUAACAUUUGGUUAUA